GGCUAUUUUAAAACCAUAGGGGGAUCAUCUAGCAUUAUAUAAAAUCACGGGGUAAUAAGUAAUUUAUCCAAAAAAAUCUAACUCUUACAGAAGUUCUUUUGAUUAUUGUCUACGAAGGAAACACCUCCAAUUUACAAGCAACCUUCAAUUCAUGAAGCUGAAGACUGAUGUUCAAGUGUAAACUUCCACCAGUCCAACUUUAAUAAUGCUGAAGGUGCCUGUUACUUGCCGUGCUUAAACACCAAGUAACCAAUGGUCAACGACUCAACUAAUUAAGCUACGUAUUAUGUAAAUUGUUCAGUAAUUCAUAUCCGCCCUCUGUUUUGGCUUUUCUUUAUUCUGUUUUACUCUUCCUAUCGUAAGAUGGAAGAAUCUAUAUGUUGGAUAUUUUAUUUCUCUAUUCAACGAUUUGAAUGCCUGAUCUAGCUGAUAUACACGUUGCACGGUGCAGGUUCCUUUCUGAAAAAUGCUUAAGCUGAGAAUUAACAGAGAUCAAGGCAUUAUCUUUUAUGGAACCACCCCAGUCAAUACUUAAUAGCAUAUUUGUGCUCAAGAUAAUCUGGCAGACAAAAAAGGGCUAACGGCAGAAGAAGAAUAACAAAGAGAUCUCAAGCAUUCAUUGGGUGCACAAAUUCUUGAAGCAAACAGAAGAGUUACUUUUGAGGUAUCGGCAGUUAUGCUUAUAACGAUCGUCAGAGUGGUGACGAGAAAAUGGUGCAUAAUAAGGGGCAUCAGAAAAUUGUGCAUGCUAAAGGAUCUCGUGGUGUCUGAGAAGAAAAAGGGCACUUUGAGAGAUACCUCACAAGAUGAUAUCCAGGAAAGUCCCGCAUCGGCAAAUGAGUCAUUGGAGAUUCCAGUGAUCGAUUUCAAUAGGAUAAAGAUUGCUACCGACAACUUCAGUGAAGCUAACAAGCUUGGUGAAGGAGGGUUCGGCGCAGUUUACAAGGGGAGAUUAGAAGAUGGACAGCAAAUAGCCGUGAAAAGGCUUUCGCGUCAUUCAGGACAAGGCAUGGAGGAGUUCAAAAAUGAGGUUGUAUUGAUAUCUAAGCUUCAGCAUAGAAACCUUGUCAGGCUGUUGGGCUGCUGCAUUCAGGGAGAAGAAAAGACAGUAAUUCUUGAAUACUUGAAAAACAAGAGCUUGGACAAAUUCCUCUUUGAUCGAACAAAAAGGUUGGAGCUAAAUUGGGAAAAACGCUUCAACAUAAUUCAGGGCAUUGCCAGAGGGCUUCUAUACCUCCAUCGAGAUUCUUGUUUAAGAAUUAUUCACAGAGAUUUAAAGGCCAGCAACAUUCUCUUGGAUGAUGACAUGAACCCCAAAAUCUCAGACUUUGGCCUGGCACGAACUUUCCAAGUCACACAAGAACUAGCCAACACCCGCAGGGUUGUGGGAACUUUCGGCUACAUGUCUCCAGAAUAUGCCAUGGGAGGGGUAUUUUCAGAAAAAUCUGAUGUUUACAGCUUCGGAGUCUUAUUGCUGGAAAUAGUCAGUAGCAAGAAGAAUACUGGGUUUGGUUAUCACGAAAAACAUAUAAGCCUUCUUGGUUAUGCAUGGCAAUUAUGGAAUGAGUGCAAAGCUCCAGAGUUGCUGGAUGAAUCACUGACUAAUUCUUGCACCCCAUCAGAAGUAAUGAGAUGCAUUCGAGUUGGGCUUCUUUGUGUUCAAGACCAUCCUACAGAUCGGCCUACAAUGGCUAAUGCAGUUGUCAUGCUAAGCAGUUCUGAGAGUGAAAUAGAACUUCCUCAACCAAGAGAGCCUACAUUUACAUUCCAAAGCUUGCUGGAAUCAGAUAAUUGUCAGUCAGGGAUUAGUUUAUGCAAUGAUUCCAUCAACGAAGUCAGUGUUUCAAUGGUUGAAGGGCGAUGAAUGGUUGAUUUACACAACAGUCAAGAGACACAAAUCCGCAGAUUAUGAAAUUUAUUACUUAUCAGAUGCUUUCUGUAGGUAAAUGUGAGUAUUAAGAAUAAAGGUGCUCUGCGAAUAGCCUAUUUAGGAGUUCACAUAAAAUCCUUAUGCAUUCGAAACAUAUUUUAAGACAUAAUUCAAUUUGUUUCAGCUGUGUCUGUCAUUCUGUUUUCAUAUCUGAAUACUGAACUGAAUUAAGUCUGCUGCGGGCAUAUUCUAGGAAGAGCAUUUCUUGGUAGUUGAAGCAACAGAAAUAAAACUUCUUCGAUGGAUUUUGUCGAAGAAUUCUCUUAAA